UCUCUCUCUCUCUCUCUCACAUCGAAUUGGUAAUCUUGAUGACACAAGAGAAGAAAACAGACCCAGAUAACAUGAACCGAGUGAAACAAACAACCAAUAAGGAAUCAGCAUUAGCAACAUGAUGAGACUUCUUUUUAUCUUAUCUUUCUUAACUUUACUCUCCGCCCAUCCCACCAGGAGAAUUCUCCACCAGCCACUUUUUCCGGCGAGUUCAGUUCCGCCACCGGACACAGAAUUACCACCGCCUACAACCACCACCACCACCAAUCCCACUCCCGACCAGCCUUUCUUCAAUGAAAACCCAAAUGGGCAGACACCUGAACCAGAUCAGACCCAAGUGCAGCCACAGCCACAGCCACCACCAACGCCGCCGUUGGUGGUGGGCGCCGACACCAGUAACACCAACUCGGUACCACACCCCAUUGCCCCACAGCCAGCAAUAAAACCGGCGAAGAAAAUAGCAGUUGCGAUUUCAGUUGGGAUUGUGACUCUCGGAAUGCUGUCAGCAUUAGCAUUCUUCAUCUACAAACACAAGUCGAAACACUCGACUGAAUCGCAAAAGCUCGUCGGACGACGUAAUUCCGACGAUAACGUACCCAUGCCGCCGUCGAGUUUCCUCUACAUUGGAACCGUUGAGCCGACGAGAUCCGUUACUGAAACAACCAACGGACGGCCAAAUGUUUCACCGUAUCAUAAACUCAGCUCCGUUAAAACAUCUGACCGGUAUAGGCCGAGUCCUGACCUUCAGCCACUUCCGCCGUUGAGUAAACCCCAGCCACCGCCAACCACCAUUUCUCCACCGGCGAUGUCUUCUUCUUCUGACGAUGAAGAAGAAACCCACGAUUUUUACACCCCUCAUGGAUCAAUUGCGAGCACGGAGGAACGGAAUUCGAUUCCCAAAUCAAAAUACCGUCAUUCCAUAAAUAAUAAUUCUCGAUCGGUGAUCCAACAAAGAAGCACUAGUCCAAUCCCUCAUUCCAAACGAACUUCACCAAAAUCGAGGAUUUCAGUUUCUUCUUCCCCAGAUACAAAACAAAUAACCUCGUCAUCGUCGUCGUCUUCAUCACGAAAGCUUCCUUCUGCUACUCCUCCACCGCCGCCACCACCGCCGCCGCCUCCUCCUCCUCCUCCUCCUCCUUCAGCAAUACCACCACCAAAAAAGAUGAGAAUUUCCCCAGUGAAGUCAAACUCAAUGUUUCUGGAAUCACGGGUUCCGAGUCCGAAAGUAAUUCCUGGAAUUGUAAAAUUGAAGCCAUUGGAGGAAGUAAACAACAAUGACGUUGAAGCUGAUGACGCCGAUGGGUUAAAACCAAAGCUGAAGCCGUUACACUGGGACAAAGUCCGGGCAACUUCCGACAGAGCAACCGUAUGGGACCAGAUUAAAUCAAGCUCAUUCCAACUAAACGAGGACAUGAUGGAAUCCCUUUUCGGAUGCAAUUCCGGUGGUUCAACAAAGAAAGAAGACACCCGGAAUCGGAAAUCAGUUCUACCUCCGGUGGAAAAGGAAAACCGGGUGUUGGAUCCAAAAAAGUCGCAAAACAUAGCCAUAUUAUUACGAGCAUUGAAUGUGACAAGAGACGAAGUAUCCGAAGCACUUCUAGAUGGAAAUCCAGAAGGUUUAGGUGCUGAGCUUCUAGAAACACUCGUAAAAAUGGCGCCAACGAAAGAAGAAGAGAUAAAACUUCGAGAUUAUAAAGGUGACAUGGCAAAAUUAGGAUCUGCAGAGAGAUUUUUGAAGUCAAUUCUUGAUAUACCAUUCGCAUUUAAAAGAGUGGAAGCCAUGCUUUACAGAGCAAACUUUGAAACCGAAGUGAAAUACCUCAGAACUUCCUUUUCAACCCUAGAGGAAGCAAGUGAGGAACUGAAGAACAGUCGUCUUUUCCUUAAACUUCUUGAAGCUGUUUUACGAACUGGUAAUCGCAUGAAUGUUGGAACAAAUCGUGGAGAAGCUACAGCUUUUAAACUUGACACACUUUUAAAACUAGUAGACGUAAAGGGUACAGAUGGAAAAACGACAUUACUUCACUUUGUAGUUCAAGAAAUCAUAAGAUCUGAAGGCAAUGAAACCGAAGGGCAUUUCAGGAAACAGGGGUUGCAAAUUGUUGGUGGGUUGAGUAGAGAAUUAAGCAAUGUGAAGAAAGCAGCAGGAAUGGAUUCAGAUGUUUUAAGUGGGUAUCUUGUAAAGCUUGAAAUCGGGCUUCAUAAAAUUCGAUUAACAGGUCAUGAGAAGAAAAACAUGGAAGAAAAAGAAAAAGGAAACUUUUUUGAGUCGAUGAAAAUGUUUAUAAAAGAAGCGGAAAUUGAAAUUGCGAAGAUUAAGAUUGAUGAAAGAAAGGCGUUGGUGUCUGUGAAAGAUGUGACUGAGUAUUUCCAUGGUGAUACUUCAAGAGAAGGGGCACAACCUUUUAGAAUAUUUAUGAUUGUGAGGGACUUUUUGGGAAUAUUGGAUCAUGUUUGUAAGGAGGUUGAACAAAUGCAAGAGAGAACUACAGUGGGGUCAACAAGAUCAUUCAGGAUUCCUGCAACUGCAUCGUUACCAGUUUUAAACAGAUAUCAUGUUCCUCAUUGUGUCAGUUCUGAUGAAGAAAGUUCAUACUCGAGUUAGAAAUGGGAAAUGCAUCUUACAUGUACAAAAAUAUGUGUAUCUUAUUUUGAGCUUGGAAAAAUGGAAGAUGAGAAGAUUAAUAUCUGGAUCAGAAAUCAAGUGCUUAAAUCUAUAAUCCAGAUAUAGUCAACAAAAGGUUAAGAAAAUGAUGAUGGAUCUUCUGGAAACUUGGAAUUUCAUGGAUCUUCUAACGUGGUACAGAAUACAAACUGAUAAUUGAAGUAGUCUUGUUUGUUUACUUACAUUCUUGAAAGGAAAUAAAUGUUUAGUUUGAAUUUUAGUAGAGCAUUAGUUUUCUUCACAUGGAGUUAUUUAACUUCUUACUAAUUUUUAUUCUCUUUGGGGAUUACUGUACUAAAUGUCUAAAACUCUAUUUCCGGAUUUUGUCCCCUUUUAUAUAGUUAAAUACCAUGGUAGAAGAUCCAAUAAUCCA